AUGACUUGUGGAUUCCGGGCCCUAAGAUUAUGUAAUGGACAUCUUUAUCCUCCCGAAGAAGGUUGGGAAAGUCAUAUUUUCUACACUGUUUUCUCAAAAGAUAACAAGAGAAAAAGUGAUGAUGAUGAAUUUGACGACUCAGCUAUAAAGACAAAACGAUUGGAAAAGAAAUGUCAAGACUUGAUUGUACUAGGUUUACCUUGGAAAAGUACAGAAGAUGAUUUGCGCAAAUAUUUUUCACAAUUUGGAGAGCUGCUUAUGGUACAGGUCAGGAAAGAUUUGAAAACUGGCCAAUCAAAAGGAUUUGGCUUUGUCAGAUUUCAAGAUUAUGAAUCUCAACUAAAAUGCCUAAAUUUAAGACAUCGGAUUGAUGGCAGAUGGUGUGAUGUGAGAAUACCAAAUUCUAAGGGUGGCAAUCAACAACAAGUGAACAGCAAAGUCUUUGUAGGACGAUGUACAGAGGAUAUGACCGAGAAUGAUCUUCAUGAAUAUUUCUCUCAAUUUGGAGAAGUCAUUGAUGUCCUCAUCCCUAAGCCAUUCCGGGCAUUUGCAUUUGUCACUUUCUCUGACCCUGAUGUGGCUCAGAACCUGUGUGGUGAAGAUCACAUUGUAAAGAAUGUGAGUGUUCAUGUGAGCAAUGCACUGCCGAGGCCUGUGGAUAAGCACAAAAACAACUGGGAUCGGCGUAACCAGUCCCAAGGCAACUUUGGUUAUGGCCAGAGUAGCUGGAACCAAGGAAAUCGCAACGAGACUGGAAAUAUGAAUGGUCCACCAAUGAAUUUUGGAAACUUCCCAGCGAUGUUGGCUGCUGCACAGGCUGUCCUCAGUAGCUCAGGGGGCUGGGGUUCAUUUGGCAUGGUUUCUCAUAAUGACUCCCCACCUUUUUUCUCUCUCUCUCACUCUCUCUCCCCCCUUCUUCCUUCCUUUUUUGACCUAUUUAAAGGUGCAAUAAUAAUCAUUCUGACAUGCCUACUUGCUGUCUGUCUGUGUCUCUCUCUCCCCAUAUUUUUCUGUGGGGUUAACUAUUGCACCUCCCUUCUGAAAUUUCCUUCGUUCUUUUCUCUCCACCCCUUAUAG